GUUCCCAGGGGAGAGGUGGCCUGAGGGCGGGUUCGCCUCCUGGGGGAGGGUGCGCUAGGAUGAUUAUUUCCUUGUGGACCACAUAUAUCGUGGCCCGUAAAGUAGCUGGCUUCCCGCUCCCAGCCUGCAAGACUCAGGGUACUGAAGUGAUGGAGAUGGAGACGGUGUCUGUGCUGGAGCACUGGCUGAGGAAGAUCGAAGAAGAAGCUUCCAAGAUCUUUAAGCAGAAAUUGGAAGGCAAAGCAGAAACCAGGUCAGAAACCAGGUCAGAAAACGGGACAGAAAACAGGAUGGGCCCUGCUGAUACAGGAACGACCAGGUCACAGAUGGUUCAAGUCUCUAACACCAGACUGCCGGAGUUGGCGGCCUCUAACCAGUCUCUUUCGGAGGGGAGAACAAAGGUCCAGCUCAUACGAUGGAGCCGCACCCAGGUCUAUCGUGUCUCGAGUGACGUGAGAGAGGAAGCCAUGCAAGAGCGGCUGGAUCAAAUCCGGAACAGUGUAUCCCAGCUCAUGAUCCAAGCUAUGCAGGACAACUUGUCGAACACUGACAUCCGGGCCACUCUUUCAAGCUGAAGACAGCAGGGUCCUCGGGCCAAUUCAGAGCAGAUCGGCUGGAAGCAUGGCUGGGGUGAUAGUUAUCUUCUGAUUCCCAAACCAGA